UAUACACGGACAUAAAGUUAAAGAAAUGAAUACGACUUAGCCAGCUUGGCUGCUGGACUGCCAUGCUUGCACAGUCGAACUACCUCGCUCACAUAGACCGCGGUUAGCUGCUUGCAUGAAUAAACAGAAUGGUUCCACCUCAAAUAUAUUUGCCGUUGGUGCCUUUCAUUUGCGCCAGCCAAUCUCUUGGCAGUACAGCGGCGACCCACAGGAUCAAGAGUCUCUGGCUGUGCUAUAGUUGGCUCCAGCCCGACCCUACUCUCUAACUAUGGUUAACCUCAUAGGUCAAAUCUCUAAAGAUGCUUAAGAGGAAUAUCACAAUGGAAGCCAAUGAUGAUUUUGUGGGUGGAUUUGGGAUGCAGCCCACGCAGCCGUCGGACAAUAGGCGCAGGAUGCACGAGGUCCAGCUGCAGCUAUGAUGCAGCCAACGAAUGACAACGAGAUGAAGUCCACGGUACAGGCACACGGCUACCGGUUUGGUGACAUCCCCAACGUGCACCAGUUGCGUGCAGAUGUUUGGAGGAUGCUGGCAGUGGCACAUCCAGCUCAAGUCGUCGCAUGGCUACCAGUCACAGCCGCCAGAGCACCACCACCGCCCGAGCCAGCUUUGCCGUGGGGCUUCCGAAAGAUGUGGCUCAAUGGGCAUUCUACAGAGAAGACGGGGCUCACCAAGCGUCCUGGCGGACGCAUCCCAGAGGCUGCUCUCACACGCUAUGAUGGUGGAGACGUGCCGGAAAUCAAUCAGGACGGGCAGCGUCUGGAGUGGCCUACCGUGCUGGAAGCCAACAUACUGGGGCUGGGCCAUGUGCAGCAGCAGAUCUACAUGCUCAAGGUCAAGAACCGGCCGCCUGACUUGCAGCCCAUCACCGUCACAAUGCACGGGAUAGCCGUGGUGAACCCAUCACUCGAUCAUGCAGCUGCAGUCGUGGCCGCUGGGCAAUUUUUCGAAUUUGGCGAGGAUGGUGCUCCGUUGCAGGAGGAGUGUGUCAUGGACAAGUGGUGGUGGGUGCGAAACAACCCCUACACCAGCCAAGCACUCCUCAACACGGUUAAGCUCGCCUUCAUGGACAUCCUUUUUGGUUUCAAACCUGGCGACAAGCGGCAGAGCAACCCUGACUGCUUCUGUGGCACCAUGUUCCACAUCUGCAUCAAGGGCCUGUUCGUUCUGCCCCGAUAUGGCCCCAACAUUGUGCCCCAUUGCCCCGCUGUCACAAUGGUGCUGGGCUGCAACAAUGUCUUCACGCUGGCCUGCGAGCUCGACCGUCAGUACACCGCAACAGUGGAGGAACAGCUUGGACUGCCGGUCCCCAUGUGUGACCCCGAGGUCCUGGAGGACAUCCUUGUGCAAGCAGAGGUUGUGGCCCACCGAACCACGCACUAUGCCACCAAGUAUGUCGCCAAGGCCAUGUCGCAGAGCCAAGUCACACGGCUGAACCGCGUGAUCAUGAUCAGCCGCCACUUCCUUGACACUGCAGCUGCUGGUGGUGGAGACCCCGCAGCCGCCCAUGAGGACCGAUGCAAGGGCAUCGGAAACCUUAUCUCCACAGUGAACCGUACGACAGCCAGCCUGACCAUCAGAAUGGCCAUGGCGUCCUUCAACUGCCCUGGGAGUCGAAGCUACGGUCCCCUUCGCGGCGCAGCGCGGUCCGUCCGUCUGUCCGGUUGUCUGUCCGGAGCGUUUUGGAAAUCCCGCGUCGGGAGCGUGCCGUACGUGCUAAAGACCGCCCCGGAAAUAUCCGGAAAGAAUGCGAGGUCGCAGCGCGAUUCGGCCACCCAGCGUGAGCGACGGGAGCGAUUGCAGCAGGAGGAUCCAGCGGCCGCCGCCGCGGCACUACAGCAUGAAUUGGCCACCCGGCGUGAGCGCCGGCGGCGUUUGCAGCAAGAGGAUCCAGCGGCCGCUGCCGCGGCAUUACAGCAUGAUUCGGCCACCCGGCGUGAGCGACGGGACCGAUUGCAGCAGGCGGAUCCAGCGGCCGCCACCGCGGCAAUACAGCAUGAAUCGGCCACCCGGUGUGAGCGACGGGAGCGAUUGCAGCAGGAGGAUCCAGCGGCCGCCACCGCAGCAGUACAGCAUGAAUCGGCCACCCGGCGUCAGCGACGGGAGCGAUUGCAGCAGGAGGAUCCAGCGGCCGCCGCCGCGGCAGUACAGCAUGAUUCGGCCACCCAGCGUGAGCGCCGGCAGCGAUUGCAGCAGGAGCGUGGGCGUGAAUCUACCCUACUGGACCGUCUUAACAGUUUGUUACAACUGGAUUACUUGCAUGGCGACCGGCCCAUCGAGCUGCCAGACUUCUUGAUGGCUCUGCCUGAUGGCCGUGUUGAAGACCUGCCUGACAGUCAGUUGCCAGUAGAGCACCAAGUGCCGUAUGACGUGCAGCUGCAGACCGCUUCUAGCAUGGCGGCGGCAUUGCGGCGUCGUAUGCCAUCACAUGUAUGUGCUGUAUGCUCUGAGCUGUGCUCAACAGACAGCUGCUCAGUGUACAGCUUCCAUGACAUCCCUAAUGUGGACCUGCUGCGUGCCGACAUUCCGUGUACAAUGGCUGUGCCGCGCCGUGCACACACACUGACAUGGCGCCGUAUGGCACGCACAGUUGAGGGGGAAGCACCACCGCCGCCAGACCCCGUGCUGCCAGUUCGGUACCGUAUCCGGCGGAAUGAUCGGCGCAACACAGCCCUGGGGGAAGACGGUGCAGGCACUAGUGGCAAUGGUGUCGCUAUGUUGCUGGACGACGACAUCAGGGGCGCCCAUAGCGGCACCUCUGAGGAGGACGAAAUAGCACAGGCUGCACUGGAAGCGCCAUCACAACAGCUGCCGCCCGAGCUGCAGCCAAAGCCACCCCGCGUACUGCCGCGCCCAUGCCCUACAGACUCUGCAUCCGUGGAAAUACCGUACUGUAUUCGGCUGGAGCCCGACCUACCCAAUCGCACCAUGCUGGUCGAUGCAGCUGGCAUGGAGCGCAUCUUCGUCUGCAAGGAUUGUGAGGCUGCACUUUCGGCUCGACGCAUCCCAGAUGCAGCUCUGGCGCGCCUGGACCCCGGGGAUGUGCCCCUCAGCAAUCACCUCGGUGAGCCGUUGCCCCUUCCGACCUUCCUGGAAAGCCAGGUGCUCGCGCGUGCACACAUAUUGCAGCAGGUGAUAGUUCUGCAUCUGGGCGGUCGGCCACCGGAGGUUUUUCCACAGGCGGUACGUGCACACGGUGUAGCGCUGGCCAACCCAGGCCGACAUCUAUGGUGCGGCCUCAUACCAGCAGCACUCGCUGAAAUGGCAGGGUGCAUCACCGUCGUCUGUGUGGACCAUGUGCGCAACCGGCACGAGUUGCGAGAACGUGUCUGCAGUGCACCUGCACUACAGAUGCGAGGACCCAUUAUCGUUGCGUGGGUCCGCUACCUGCAGCAUCUCGAUGAGGAGGAGUGGGCGAUCGAUCCCGUGGCGCUCCAGGAAUACGAGAAAAUGGGCUGUGCCCCGUUCGUCCCGGAAGUAUUGCUGGAUAAUGCAGUGGGACCCACCGAUGAGGAAGUCGCUGGUGUGCUGCGCAGCACCUUUAUGCAUGGCCGCACAGGAGCUGCUGGUGUUCGGCAGCAACAGGAUGAGAUUGAGGCUGCAAUUGCUGAGGCUGGGAUGGAGACGACUGGAGCACAUGCCUCGACAAUUGAUGAGGCUGCAAACGGGGCUGAUAUGGAUGUUGAUGCUGCUAGUGCUGCUGAGGCUGCUGCUGCAGUUAGUGCGCGUGACGAACAGGAGGAUGACCAGGACAGCUUGCUUGGUGGACGGCCAUUUGUCGCAUUUGUACACACGCCUUCCACCACUGCAGAGCCGAUCGCAGGUGCAGAGCCACCCGAACCUGGCACCACUACAGAGCCGGUGGCAGGUGCAGAGCCACCUGAGCCUGGCACACUGGAUGAGCUGGAGCUCGUCGUACCGCAGCCCUCCCAUCUACCGAAUGAUGGCAGCGAGAUCGACACAUGCCCGUGGCGGGUGGAGGAGAUGCUAACUGGUCGCUCGAAGCUGGUACUGUGUGGCGGUGACUAUGCCCGACAGCCGCUGGAUGAGCAGCACCCGGCGAUUCUCGCGGUGUGCUUCCCAACGGCCUUCCCAUAUGGCCUGUCCGGGCAGCGCCCGCCAGGGAUGUCGUACUCCGUCUACUGCAAGCACCUCAUCCGGAGGGUGCCACGGAAGCAGUUUAGCGGGAACCCAAUGUUGCUGGCUCGGAUGUACGACAUUUCCCUCCGGCAGGCGACGAUGGCCCAGGUGGGGAUAACCAUGCGAAUAAAGCCGCACCUAGAACGGGAUCUUACACGGCUGCCACGAGAUGUAGUACGGGCCAUGGCGGACAUCCUGGCGCUACCGUACAGCCACCCACAGCGCCGGGCUUUGCUGGCGCAACAGUCCCCAUUGGUGCAAACACUGGUAGAAGGUACCCGCCGCAGUACCGUACAUGUGGACCUCACCGAUGCAUAUUACAACGGUGCACAAGCGCAAAUGCGGGCAGCAGCUAUGGCCAUCGGCUGGCCAACUCUAUUCUUCAACAUCAACCCGGCCGACAUGCACGCCGCCGCUGCUAUUGUAGCGUCCGGGCAGGUCGUGGAAUUCGGGGAGGACGGGCGGCCACAAAACAUUCCCAGCACAGUUGAGAGAUGGCGACGGGUCAGAGACGAUCCAUACAGCUGUGCAAUGCUGCUGGUGGUGACGAAGGAAGUACUGGUCGAACAGCUCUUUGGCUUUGCACCCGGCGCGCAGGAACAGAGCAACACCAACUGCUUCUGCGGCCGGACCUUUGAAGUGGUGACCAAGGUGGAGCAGAGCGGUCGCCUGGUGCUGCACGUGCAUGGUGUAGCGCAUGUGGCAACCUUUGCGGUGGAACGGCUCCAGGCGCUGUUUAAUGGCCCUAACUGCCGUGCCCUGGCACUGGUGUACGCGUUAUGUCAGCAGUGGUACCCGUCCCCCUACUACGACCCAUCAGUACCGGAAGACAGCCGCCGUGUAUUCCAGAUGUCGCCAGAAGAGACGGCGCAACACGGCAUACCGCCACCAGCCGCAGACAAGUGCUGCCCUCCGAUGUGUGUCCGACACGGCUGCACAGGCACCGACGGCAGCUGUGGUAUGGCAUUCCCGCGCAUCAUACGACACCUAUUUCGGUGGAUCGGCACGCAGGGUCUGUUCUUGCUGCCGCGGCUGGGCCGCAACCUCGUGCCGCAUUUCCCUGCAGCAGCACUCGUGUUCGGCUGCAACCAGCUCUUCAGUCUGGCCUGCGAAGUGGACCGGGCAUAUACGACGGAAGUCGCAGCACAGCUAGAAACAGCAGCCGACGGGAAUGAGACACCCGCACCAGAGGAACCGCUGGGCUCUGCUACCGAUCACGCACGUGAUGUGGCGUACUACACGUCCAAAUACACGGCCAAGACCAUUGAAUGCAGCCAAGCGGACCGUUUGUGUAAUGCCGUCGCCCGUGUACAAGACUUCUUGCUAUCAGGCGUCCCUCCACCGCCUGUCAACAACCAGGACCUUGCCGCCACCACUCCUACCGCCUUCGGAAACCUUGCGGCCGCCGCACAUCGCAUGACCGCCACCAUCACCGUGGGCAUGGCACUAGCGGCAUUCAAACUGUCCGGAUACGACACCUUCCAGGCAUCGUACCAGCGCAGCUACCUCCCCGUCGGUGGGUUCACAGCAUUGGCAAACACACCUGGAGCUGGACCAGAUAAUGAGGAUGGCGCAGUGGAAGUCGCGCUCGUAAACACAGAUACAAACACCGGCGACUAUGUCAUCUCCAACACGGUGCAAAACUACAUCCUCCGCGGCCCGGAGCUUAGCGGCUUGGAAUGCAGUGCAUACACGCUGGCGAGCAACUACAGCUUGGCUCGCGUGCAACCAGCACAACACCUGCACGCUACUACCCUCCAAGGCAUGGUCCUACCUAGCCGCCAUGGCCGCAAACGCACCGCUACCAACAGUGCAGUACUCACACCUUCUGUGGAUGGAACGUCGCCCAACCAACCAGCUCCUACAACCUGUAUACCAGGUCCAUCAGUGCCGACCGUGACGUCACCUCCACCGCUGGAACAAUUGCCGAGUGGUACCAGCAGUGUCACUAAUGCAACCCGACUAGUGGCUCUGCAUCCCAGCCAUCCACUCUAUCUUAGUCACGUCCUGAAGCAUCAUCCCCGCCCACAGUACGUCCUCUUAGGCGGCUCCCUCCCACGCCGGCCGACUGAACGCACCAAGCCGACGGACGCUGAUGAGUACUAUGCCUUUGUGCUAGGUACCUUCAAGUCACAUCGUGGCGCGCCUGUGCCCCCUAACUUAACGGUACAACAAGCAUACGACGAGUGGUGGUCUGAGCUAGCCACCACUGAAUCUGGCCGCCGGUACCAGCAAUGUGUGGCGGCCAUUUUGGACAAUAUUGAACAGGACCACACUGCCCGCGCACACCACACCGAACAGUACAACCAACGGCGGCGCAAGCACAAACUCCCCACGGAGGAUCCUGGCGGAUAUCGGGCUGACGAUGAUGAUGACGGCAAUGCUGAGGCGCAGGAUGCGCACUUCGAGACACACCCUGAGACAUGGCCUGCCAGUGAUACACAGAUCGAACAAGGCCACCCUCAGCAGCCGCGUCCCGCUCCUACUGCCGGCCUGGACCUCGCUGCCACACCGAUCGGCACCCUAUUCGACCGUACCACUGCCAGUGGAUUGUACGCAUAUGAUGCCGUCGUACGAUGCCCUGUGCCCGUGCUGGUGAGCGGCCAUGGUACCUCCGCCUCUUAUCUACUGCGCCGUGUGAAUGCUGCCGAUAUGACGGCCCUCGAGGAGGCAGCUCGGCGCCUAAAACGGUACACUACCAACACUACCCCCCAAGACGGCGUUGAGCCCGACCGUCGCCUAAGUCUACACCGGCAGACCUCGUCCGUCAGCCCCAUUGUCGCCAUAGUUGAAGUCGAGGGACAUGCACCUGAACCUGUGCCGGCCGGCAAUACACCGCCUUACAUUCGUCUACCUCAGCCACCCACCAUCGAGGAUACCAUUCACCUCUUCACCCUAUCGCCAGAGCAAGCAGUACCGUUCAUCCUCAUGGCCCGGUACUUCGAUCGCCGUGCAGAGCCCGACCCUGGACUUCCACCUCGCAUGCUUGUGGUGGGCCGUCCCGGUACCGGCAAAUCACAGUUCGUACACGCACUGCUCUGGUACACAUUCCAACAUGGUGUACCCGAGUGGCCUGCCACCUGUGCCUACGCCUGGACUGCUGCUGCCGCCUUCCACAAUGACACGCAUCGCAGCCUUUCCACUCACGCCAUGUUCGGCCUUGCAGCAAUGGGCAUCGGACACGGGCGCUCCAAACGUGGCAGCGCCGUCGCCUUGCAGGUACACCGCAAUGUGGGCUCCGGUGCAAUCAUCAUCGACGAAAUCGGCAUGAGCAGCAUCGAGCAUUUGGGCGCCAUCUACAAUGCGUGCAAUAAACAUCUCACGUGUGCACCACAGCUGGAGCGGGAGCCUGCCUUCACACCCUCUGCACCCAACUCACAACGCGUGCAUCAGGGAGAGUCCACGUCAGAAGACGAGCACACAGUCACAUCUGACUCCUCAACUGACAACAAUGCAGCACCAUCCACCAGGCAUCGACACCCAGUUCCACAGACACGUGACCAUAUCCACAACGGCUUCAUCCUCUACCGCAACCUCGCCCAAGACGUCUUCUUACUCACCCGUCAGCAGCGCCAGAACAACACUCCAAGCGGCAUCUACCUCACCGAGGCUUCCACCAUGUUUGCAGGUGGCCCGGUCACCCGCGAGCGCAUUGAGGAGCUCGUCGACAAGCUGAAUGCGCGCGCCAUCUCUAGCUUGUCGGCCCUGACACCCCUCAAGCCCCGUGUCGUUGUCCAACGAAACGAACCGAGGCACGCGCUAAACACACGCCUCAUGAUGCUGCAAGCGCAGCACCUGAGCAAACGCUUGGUGGUUUGGAAUGCGGACCACGUACCACACCAGCCCCGUGGCACAGCCCCACAGGCUCCGCUCACCCGUGUAGAGCAGGCUGUUGCCAUGCGUGUCAAGGACGCCGAGUUCGAUCACACCACGGCGGACACAUGGUACUAUGAAGGCGCCCCUUACAUCCUGCUGGAUACCACCUGUGCUGAAGCCGGCGCGUUCCACAACAAUGAGGUUGAAGCCUGUGGCCUUCUAACGGACGAGCGAGAACCACCGGAUGAUGGCACCGGACCGUACCGGCGGCUACAGUACCUCCCCACCGCCAUCCUUGUACGCCCGAUCCACGGUCACAAACCCACCACUAUCCUACAGGGCUCGCACGACCUUGCCAGCCACGGUGCUACUUUUGCGCUCCGACCCCGUGCCAGCAAGGAGCCUGCGACCGUCCUGAUGCCCGCCACCAACACCGGCACCGCACCCAAAGCCAUCAAACGCAUCAACUUCGGCCUCGGUGACUGGUUCGUUGUCACGGACCACUGGGUACAGGGCCGAACAUUCCGCGAGUGCUGGGUCGUCGACCUCAGUGUACCACCGAAAGGGAUCAAGCGUGCCACUCUCUUCGUCCUCCUCACCCGCUUCAAAUCCCUCGAUGACAUUCACCUCCUGCGCCCACUCUACACCACCCCGACCGAACGCCGCAGCGUGGUCACCGCCUUCCAGCGCGCCACCAGGCUGACCGACGACCUAGCCGCUGAACUGCGUUUGCUGGACGCCACAGCAGCCGACACACACCGACGCUACCGGAACGAAUUCCGGUCCGUGAACUUACUACUCACGUGGACAGCCGGCCCCAAGGCCAAAGCCCCAAACACUUCCUUUUCGGCAGUACCGACGGACGCUGGCUACUUUGUCGCUGGCGUUAUCCGAGGCCACUCUGCAAUCGGCAUCGUAAGCAUCAACAACGCAGUGCUUGACGACCUACUAGCUGCACACCAAGCGGGCCCCACCAAAUUCGCCACAAAAAUUGCCUGCAUCUCAGAGCAGGCAACCGCCGCGUAUGAUAUGGAAGUAGCGAUGAUGGCCAUGCCCACGCCUUACGUCCAACUCUGGAAACAGGCAGCGCAGCAGCGGCAACCACUCUACUUAAUAAACGGCCGAAUCACACAAAAAGACAAGUGGCAGCCAGUCGUAUGGCUCGGUGGAGUCUUGGUUACAGCGGCAUAUCCCAGCAAGGUCGUACGUCACUGGGUAGACCUGGCGUCGGCAGCAAUCGACGAUCAGCAACUGCCGCAAUCAGUAACUACAACAGCCAGCGCAGGCCCAUCUACCUACACCCAUCCCGUAUUGGCAUGGGAACGCCGGAACGCUACAGCCGUGGUACUACCUGCCGACGGUACACACAAAGACAUGCGACUACAACCUAACCUGACGUUAGAAGUUAGUGUAGACCAACAGCCGGUAAUCCCCCUCGUACUGCAUCGAGGGGACAAUACCGCCACGUAUCCAGUCUGCGCGUCCGAAUUAGCCGUACUACAGCAACUACCAGGUUUCCAGGACUUCUUCGCGGACCAGGACUUCGCGACGACGGAGAGUCGACAACAAUACGUCACAGAAGAACAGUGGACGCUCCACUGCGACGUAAAGACGACAACACACGGACGCACCACCUUCGUGACGGACAUCUGCCCCAUCUGA